AUGUCGAGUUUAGAUUCAAUAGUGCAGCCUCCCCGCCCCCCCCCAGACCACUUCCACAUGCAGUCUGAGUCUCUGAUCGGCCCCCUGAUGCAGAGCAUCUCCCACCAGCACUGGAAGGUCCGGGUGGCCGUCAUUGAGGCCACGGGCACGGUGAUCCAGUUUGGCAACGGGAAGUCGGUGGACGACGUGCUUCCUCACUUCUCCCAGCGGCUGUUCGACGACGUCCCCCAGGUCCGACAGGCAGUGACCCGUGUGGUGGGGGGCUGGCUGCUGAAGCUGCGGGACCGCUAUUCCUUCUUCCACAAGCUCAUCCCACUGCUGCUCAGCAGCUUCGACGACGAGAUGCCGCACAUCGCGCACGAGGCUGCCAGCCUCUGGGAGGAGGUCGGCCUACAGUGGCAGGAGGAGAACAGGGAAGACCUCAAGGACAAGCUUGACUUCGCCUCUCCCCCUCCCGCCCAUCACCCCUCGCCAGAGAACCGCCCAGGGUUGGGCUGUCGGGAGCUUGUCUUCAGAAACCUCUUCAAGAUCCUUCCCGCCAUCUGUCACGACAUCACCGACUGGGUGGCGGGGACCAGGGUGAAGUCUGCGCAGCUACUAGCAGUGCUGCUGCUCCAUGCUGAGGACCACAUCACGCAGCACCUGGAGGUCCUGCUCCGGACCCUGCUCCUGGCCUGCACAGACGAGGAGCAGGCGGUGGUCAGAAGUUGCACAAGGUCCGCAGAGCUGAUCGGGACCUUUGUCAGCCCAGACGUCUUUCUGACGCUGAUCUGGCCGAUGCUGAGGAAGUCACCCUCUACCUCUGGCCUCCUGGUCCUCGCUGCGGUCAUCCGGGGCUGCCCGAGGGAAGCGCUCCGGCCGCACCUGAAGGCCAUCACCACAGAGCUGGCCAGCGCUCACAUCCGUCAAGGCUCCGAGAACCACCGUUACGGGGAGACCCUGCUGCUGUGCGUGCAGGCCCUGCUGUCCGUGUGCCGCGAGGACUGCCGAGGCUGCGGCCUGCAGCUCAUGGAGGUUCUGGUGACCGUGAUGGCCUUCACAGGUGCCGCAGGCCUUGGGGACAAGGUUCAGGAGACCAUGGACAUGCUGGCCACAAUGGAGAGUGGAGGUGACAGCCAGGACCUCUACCGUGAGCACAUGGGCCCCCUCCUGGAGUGGCUGGCCGGGUCCCAGCGGGACUGGACCAUGCACUCCCCAGAGCUCUUGCAGUUCAGCGUACUGGUCACCCACGCAGGCCCAGCCCUCGGGGAGGCGCUGCCCCACCUGGUCCCCAUCCUCCGGAGCUGCCUCCAGCCGGACAGAGACCCACAGAUGCGCCUGAAGCUCUUCUCGGUCCUGUCCAGGGCGCUGCUGAGAGCAAAGGAGACCCUGGACUCCCAAGGGCAGCUGCACAGCUACCUCGACACCGUGAUAAAGGACAUCCUGGUCCCCAACCUGCAGUGGCACGCGGGGAGGACGGCCGCCGCCAUCCGCACAGCUGCCGUGUCCUGCCUCUGGUCCCUCGUCAGCAGUGAGGUCCUGUCGGCCACCCAGGUGCAGGACGUGCGGGAGGCGCUGCUUCCCCAGGCUCUGACCACCCUGGAGGACGACUCUCAGAUGACACGACUGAUUUCCUGCCGGAUCAUUAACACGUUCUUAAAGUCUUCUGGUGGUGCAAUGGAUCCCGAUAAAGCCACCAAGAUUUAUCCUGAACUCCUAAAACGCCUGGAUGACGUGUCCAGUGAAGUGAGGCUGGCGGCGGCUUCUGCCCUCGUCACCUGGCUCGAGUGUAUCAGAAAUGAUGAUGCGAAGUCAUACUACCAGAGUGACAUUCAGUACCUGUACAGGGAGCUGCUCGUGUACCUGGACGAUCCCGACAGCACCGUGCAGGACGCAGUCUUGGAGGUCCUCAAAGCUGGCAGUGUCCUGUUCCCUGACCUCCUGGUGAGAGAGAUGGAGGCUGUCGUCCACAAGCACCGAUCUCCCACCCAUUGUGAGCUGCUCCUGCAGCACAUGCAGGCCGGACCGCCCGCUCUGUGACCCAGGCUCAGGGGCACGGCUGCCAGUGCCAGUGUGGGAGGUGGGCACAAACACCAACCCUCAACCUCCCCUGGGCUGGGGUUUGUGGCCUUUACACCCCACAACAGCCUGGGACAUGGACAAGAAGACUGACAACAAGAAUGUAUUCCUAGGAAGAAUGCUCAGCGUUCUCCUGGGACGAUUUUUCAAGCCCAGCAGUUUCUGAAAUAACAUUCCUGGAGUGGCUCUAUGUUUUUAUGUCCUGUUUAUAUAGUUCACUGAGAGGUCUGCCAAAAACCUAUAGCUAAUUUGAAAUUAAAACUAAAUGUCAGCUAUGCACACUGGCAGCCAGACCCAUUCUCACUUGCUCGCUUUCUAGGGCUCCGUGCGCUGCUGGGCUCAGGGACUACUGGCUCCAUCUCACUUAAAUGCCACCAAGGAACUUCUUGACCAUUUAAAAAAAAAAAAAGCCAAAGGGAUUAAAAAGAAAUUUCAUUUUUUCUUUGGAUUCUGUCUACUGACAAUAUCCCAGUGAAGAAUCUAAAAGGAAUCUGAAAUCUUAAGAACAGGGAACUUUUUCUCAUUUAAAAUAUACUGGAACUUAACAUGUUUUGUGGAUCAGUUUAUCAGUAUCUUAGGUCAGUGAUGCUAAGUGUUGAAACGGAAGGUUUAAUCCGAUUCUGGCUGCUCUUAUAAUUUUAUUUGAUUCUCUAGCACUUUGUGCGCCCAAGUGCCUGAAAGGUUUCGUUUUAAGUGGUUACUCCAUAGGCCAAAUACCGUGUCUGUUAACACAGGUGGAAAGGGCUGUUUCCCAGCAAAUAACAUUCACGCUUUGGUGGUUGACUUAACUAAAAGUAUUUGUUGUGAUUA